AUGGAUGCCACCAGAUUGUGGUUGGCUCUGAUGAUGUUGAAGCGUGUUGAAGUGACUCAGAUUAUGAAGCAAGGAGGGCAAUCAUUUCAUGAAGAUCUUCUUCGAACAAUAGCUGCCCGCAAGAAGCAAAUUCAGUUGCUCGGCAAGCGGGCCUUGUCAGUCAGUGACUGCGCUUGUUCGAUCGCCUCCAUCUCCAUCCGUCUCUCCCUCCGGAUCGAGCCGCCGCUCCAAUCUCCUCCCGCCCCACAGCCGCCGUCCACCAGGUUCCAGACGGCCUCAAGGAGGACUUUCCUCCCGUGCCCACCAACGCAACUGUCUGCGAGGAAGCAGCAAGUAGAGGCUAGAGAUCUGGAGGCGACGGAGAGCGAGCACCCGGCGCCGGCGGAUGGAGAGCGCCCGGAGAGGGGCAUCAGAUCGGCUCGUCUUCAUCACCGGCCAGACCCGCGGCCUCCCCUCCGACGAUCCCAGGUAAAAAAAAAUCUUGGACGAUCUCAGGCAGUGCAUCUAUCUUUGAUGAAACCGCAUGAUGGUAAAGUAGUUAUAGUAGUAGCUUCUUUGUAUGGAGAAGAGGACCUGCAGUCAUGCGUUCUUGAGAGUAAAGGAGCAGGAAAUGGAAGCAAGUUUUGCCGAUGUCCCAUUGAUAGCAUUCCUGGAUCAAGGUUGUCCUCUGGGGGCGUGCAGGGCUUUUUUCAGAAGCACUUACUUAUUUCUCAGCGCAUAGACGGAGCAUAUGAGGCAAUCAAGUUCUGGAUGCAAUAGACAAUCUGAUUGAAAGUCGUUGUAGACAUGUCAGUAGUCAUGGAUGUCGUAGUGUAUCUUGCUAAAUCUAGUGCUUGGUUCUGUUGAUGCCAUCUGUUUCUGAGCGUAAAUACAUUUCUGGAACUGCCAAUGGACUCUAUUAGCUUCAUAUGUUCCUCGUGAGUUGUGGCUAUCAAGUGGAUAACUUUGGUGUGGUUGGAGUUAACAGCGCCCAAAAGUGCCGUGCCGAUCUCCAAGCCGUCUUUGGUGUGCUCGAUGACAACAUCCUCGGAGUUCUGGGGACUGAGGGUAACUAUCAUAAGAGUGCACCAUCCAUUGCUAUAUUGUCCUCCAUUUUCUGAAGAAUCCCUGCCGCUGCCUAUCUUGAUGAUUCGGUCGGAAACUUCUCUGAUGACCCUUCGUGGCUCCGUGCCACAAGUGAAGAGAGGUUGACCUGUACGUUGUUAUGGGGAAGUUUGCAUAUUCAGGUAAUAACUACAGCUAGAUGGCCGUAUGGCUGAAAGAAGAGCAGAAAAUAUGGUGUCGUGCAUGAUCGAUUUGACUUAUCCAAGAUCAGAUCGUUGGAGUUAUCUUGUUGUACAGCACACAAAUGCGGAGUCCUCUAAUUUGACUUGUUGCUCAGCUUAAACUGAAACUUAAUUGUGCUAAACUAGAAAGUGCAUGUAGUGCUUGCGUUAA